AAAAGGUGAAGGCCGUCCAGAACCAGAAGACCGGUGGCAGAAGGUAACCUGGUGUUACGCUCAGGAUGCGCACCGCUUCCUCGGAAAAAGAUAGACCAUAAGAGAACAACACCACGACGCAGAUGAACUUGACGCUGGUGCUCGUGUUGCCUAGCAAAGCUGCAGCCUGUUGCCUCAAGCUAUUCAACUAUCAAUCAUCUACGAAGCAAAAGCUUUGUCGGUUUUGGACUCUAUCAUCUGCGGGGUCAAACACAGCCUUUGAGAGUAAUACCGGAACUUGUCUAUUAUCUGCGGAGCAAGAAAAUCGAUUGAAAGCGCAUAAAGAAAAUUUGGAACAAACUCAUCGAUUCUCCGAUAAAAUAUCCCUACGAAAACAGCAGCGACGCUAUCAAUUACAGAAUGCCACGCGAUUAACUCGGAUUUCAGCAAAGGAAUGAGCAGUCCUCGAAAUCAAUUCAGUAUCUAUAUACGUAGCUGCUUGCACCAAAGUGGCGGUGGGCGGCUAAAUGAGAUAGAAUUGAGGAUUAUGAGCAUAGAUAUUUCUAAUUCUACGGGCGAAAAUCGGACAAAAGUGAUUGUAUCCACUUGCGAGUCUUCUUCCCUCUGUCGCGAGUCUAGGACGAUCGCUGUUGACACCCCCGAUAUCGCGCCAUCGUCGAGACGAGAGUGCUCGUGUCCGUCGCGGCCGUUAACGACGAUUCGCUGCGCGCCUUUUCGCAGACGGGUGUCCUUCAGCGACACCACCGCUUUCAUCGAGACCGCCGCCGAUCAUCGCCGUGCUACGAUCAUGCAAGAUUAUGAUCCAACGAGUCCAUGUCACGAUAAUAGCAGAGAACCCGAAAAUAAAUCGAGAGAGCGGGAGAAUUUCGACUACGAUAUAUGGCAGGAGGACGAUUCGUCGGUCGGCAGAAGCGAUGAUGGAUACUCGGAAAAUACGCCGAGGAUCGAUAAUUACGCGGAAAAUCCUUGCACUUUCGACAACGACAAGAGCCAGCGUUCGCAUUCGAAAGAUAUCGACGAGCAGACGAUCGAAAAUGAUGGAUGCAGGCGAAAGGAAUGGAGCAGCGAGAGUGACGUUUGUUUGGCGGUUCGCGCGACUGAAAAUAAGAAAGGCGAAAUAAGAAAAAUCGACGAUACCGUAUCAAAUGAGAACUUAUUAAACCACGUGCACAAAGAUGUAGAUUCGGUCAUUGACGAUGAGCAUCGCAUGCGAGGAGGCUGCAGUGGAUGUUACUGCGGAGCACGUGACAACAUCCGGAGGAGUUACGGUUGUUAUUGCGGAGGAUUCGUGUCGGAGCCAAAUGAACCAUGCGCGUCCAAUGCGAACGCCAAGACAACGUGCAUUGUGCCGUCGCGUUGCUGCUGUCGUUGUCUUCGAGUCUGCAAGAAAUUGGCCAAAUGUGAGACACCUCCAUGCAUGACAGAUGUCCAAAGUUGCAGCGGCAGUAGAUGUUGUGGGUGCCGUUGCGAGAAACCCGGUCAGAUCUGUAUAUCGCCGCCGAAAAUCUACAGUUCGCCAGCUCAUUCUUCGCGUGGUAGGUCUCCCUGCGCACCGCGUUGUCUUUCACAGUCACCGUGUCUUAGCAGAGGCUGUUGCAGCGGAGCCUUCGAAUGUGCAAGGUCGAACAGCCCGAGAUGCCGGUCCAUCAUUGGUAACGAAUGCUGCAUCAAUGAAGGAGCAAAGUGCGGUACCGAUGGAGUCUGCUGCCGCUUGAGAUUACAGUGUGAAUGCCUCGGUGGUGGCCUCAACUGUCGACGAUGCGGAAGAAAGGUCUAUCAGGCUGAAAUGCAGAUCGUUUCCGGAGUACCGUACCAUAGCAUUUGCUUCAGUUGCUUUUGUUGCCGAAAGCCCUUGGAAUCGUUGACUUAUCAGGAGAACUGCGGCGAGAUUUAUUGCAAACAAUGUUACGUUCGUAAUUUCGGACCGCAAGGAUAUGGUUAUGGCGUGGGAGCCGGCGUAUUGCAGACUCCUUUGUGAACUCGUCGA